AUGCGGGCCAGGGGCAUUUCGAUCAGGGUGUAUUUCCACAGCUUUUCCUGCAUACAACAGAGAGGCACAAAGUCAGAGCAYGCCAGUAAGGGCCGGGCAGGAUCCGGAGAGGGCGCGGGCCAAGCUGUGGCCGCUCCCACUUGGUGCCUGCUCCCCAGAGCAGAGGCCCAGAACUCAAGUUGGCUGCUCCGGACAUUGGAGUGCCCCCAGGACCCCUGCCCUCCCUCCCAUUUUUCCACCGUCUUGUCCUGGGACUUCGCGGCGCGGACCUUGCGCGCCCAGAAACGGCGGCGCGGGGGAGCUAGAGAUUCACCGCGAGGCGCUGGCGGUCUAGCACUGUCACCAGAUGCCCAGGCUAAACGCACGGCCGCCCCCAGCCGCCGCUCCCGGCCCCACCCCGCGCUAUUCCYAGGCACUCACUCCAGGGUCGAGGUGUAUCAAGGUGUCCGGGUGAAGAUCACAGUGAAGGAGCUGUUGCAGCAAAGGAGGGCACACCAGGCAGCCUCAGGGGGAACCUUGUCCGGAGGCACCAGUAUCCACCUUUCAGAUCCAGUCGCACCAUCUUCUGCAGAAAAUCCAAGCUGCCUGGACCAGAUCUUUGAUUCCUAUCUUCAGACUGACACACUGUCAGAGCCGUUGCCCAACUGCACGCAAAGUCCUCCACACUAUUUCCCAGACAGCUUCCCGGCYACCCCUUUCUGCUUUAACCAGAGCCUGACCUCAGGAUCACCUUCAGAUUCCUCCACUCUCUCUGGCUCCUUAGACUACAGUUACUCACCGGCUCAGCUGCCUUCAUACCCUCCGGAUAAUUACAGUUCUCCCCCUUAUCUGGACACCCUAAACCAUGGCCAUUCUCAGGAAGACUACUCCUACCAUCAUUUGCCCUCGCAUGCCCAGUACAACUGCUUCCCUGCAGCCCCAGCCUCCGUCUGCUACUGCGCAUCCUGUGAGGCGGAGCACUUGGAGGCAGUCAGAACAGCUGAGUACUUCUACCCCAGCACCGACUGCAUGGACUUCGCACCCUCGGCAGCCACUGCCAGUGAUUUCUAUAAGAGGGAAACAAACUGUGACAUCUGCUAUAGUUAAUAGAAACGACACUAAUUUGGAACAUGGCAUGGGUAUAGCUACUUUUUCUACCACAUSUAGAUAACACUUUGUUUUAUGCAACCUGUUAACAAAAUAUCACAGUUUACAUGUCACUGUUUUCAAUUUUCUGAUGCUAAUAUAGGUAUUAAGAUGAAGUCCUCAAACCUGGUCAUAGUACCACGCCUGCUGUACAAAAAAUUGUCAACUCACAGUUGACAUUUUUGUAGGGAAUGUUCCAUUGUUUUAU